ACGAUGGUGUUCCUGGGACCCCUGGCUCUCACCCUGUUGCCGCCCAGCCUCACACUGCUGGUGUUCCACCUGUCCAGCUCCCAGGAUGUCGUCACUGAACCUAGCAGUGAGCAGCAGCUGUGCACCCUGAGGGAACACCCCACUGUGGCCUUUGCAGAUCUGAAGCCGUGGGUCUUCAACUUCACCUACCCUGGAGCCCGAGACUUCUCCCAGCUUGCUCUGGAUCCCUCCAGGAACCAGCUCAUCGUGGGAGCCAGGAACUACCUCUUCAGACUCAGCCUUGCCAAUGUUUCCCUCCUUCAGGCCACAGAGUGGGCCUCCAAUGAGGACACGCGUCGCUCCUGCCAAAGCAAAGGGAAGACUGAGGAGGAAUGUCAGAACUACGUGCGAGUCCUGAUUGUCACUGGCCGGAAAGUGUUCAUGUGUGGGACCAAUGCCUUUUCCCCAGUGUGCUCCAGCAGACAGGUGGGGAACCUCAGCCGGACCAUAGAGAAGAUCAAUGGUGUGGCCCGCUGCCCCUACGACCCGCGCCACAACUCCACAGCUGUCAUCUCCUCUCAGGGGGAGCUCUACGCGGCUACCGUCAUCGACUUCUCAGGUCGGGACCCCGCCAUCUACCGAAGCCUGGGCAGCGGGCCACCUCUUCGCACCGCCCAGUAUAACUCCAAGUGGCUCAAUGAGCCAAACUUUGUGGCAGCCUACGACAUCGGGCUGUUCGCCUACUUCUUCCUGCGGGAGAACGCGGUGGAGCAUGACUGCGGACGCACGGUGUAUUCUCGUGUGGCCCGAGUAUGCAAGAAUGACGUGGGCGGCCGCUUCCUGCUGGAGGACACGUGGACCACGUUCAUGAAGGCCCGGCUCAACUGCUCCCGCCCGGGCGAGGUCCCCUUCUACUACAACGAGCUGCAGAGUGCCUUCCACCUGCCUGAGCAGGACCUCAUCUACGGGGUCUUCACCACCAACGUAAACAGCAUUGCCGCUUCUGCUGUCUGCGCCUUCAACCUCAGUGCCAUCUCCCAGGCUUUUAAUGGCCCAUUUCGCUCCCAGGAGAACCCCAGGGCUGCCUGGCUCCCCAUCGCUAACCCCAUCCCCAACUUCCAGUGCGGCACCCUGCCAGAGGUGGGCCCCAACGAGAACCUGACAGAGCGAAGCCUGCAGGACGCACAGCGCCUUUUCCUGAUGAGCGAAGCUGUGCAGCCGGUAACGCCCGAGCCCUGUGUCACCCAGGACAGCGUGCGCUUCUCACACCUCGUAGUAGACCUUGUGCAGGCCAAGGACACGCUCUACCACGUGCUCUACAUCGGCACGGAGUCGGGCACCAUCCUCAAGGCACUGUCCACGACGAGCCGCAGCCUCCGCGGCUGCUACCUGGAGGAGCUGCACGUCCUGCCCCCCGGGCGCCGCGAGCCCCUGCGCAGCCUCCGCAUCCUGCACAGCGCCCGCGCGCUCUUCGUGGGGCUGAGCGACGGCGUGCUGCGGGUCCCGCUGGAGAGGUGCGCCGCCUACCGCAGCCAGGGGGCAUGCCUGGGGGCACGGGACCCAUACUGCGGCUGGGACGGGAAGCAGCAACGUUGCAGCACGCUUGAGGACAGCUCCAACAUGAGCCUCUGGACGCAGAACAUAACCACGUGUCCUGUGCGGAAUGUGACUCGGGAUGGGGGCUUCGGCCAGUGGUCACCAUGGCAACCAUGUGAGCACUUAGAUGGGGACAAUUCGGGCUCUUGCCUUUGUCGGGCCCGAGCCUGUGACUCCCCCCGACCACGCUGUGGGGGCCGAGACUGCCUGGGGCCAGCCAUCCACAUUGCCAACUGUUCCAGGAAUGGGGCGUGGACGCCGUGGUCCUCGUGGGCCCUGUGCAGCACGUCCUGUGGGAUCGGAUUCCAGGUCCGCCAGCGAAGUUGCAGCAACCCUGCUCCCCGCCACGGGGGCCGAAUCUGCGUGGGCAAGAGCCGGGAGGAGCGGUUCUGUAACGAAAACACGCCUUGCCCGGUGCCCAUCUUCUGGGCGUCGUGGGGUUCCUGGAGCAAGUGCAGCAGCAACUGUGGGGGCGGCGUGCAAUCGCGGCGGCGGUCCUGUGAGAACGGCAACUCCUGCCCAGGCUGUGGCGUGGAGUUCAAGACGUGCAACCCAGAGGGCUGCCCCGAAGUGCGGCGCAACACCCCUUGGACGCCUUGGCUGCCGGUGAACGUGACUCAGGGCGGGGCGCGGCAGGAGCAACGCUUCCGCUUCACGUGCCGCGCGCCCCUGCCCGACCCCCACGGCCUGCAGUUUGGCCGGAGGAGGACGGAGACCAGAACCUGCCCCGCGGAUGGCUCGGGCGCCUGCGACACCGAUGCCCUGGUGGAGGAUCUCCUGCGCAGCGGGGCCACUUCCCCGCACUCUGUGAGCGGGGGCUGGGCCGCGUGGGGCCCCUGGUCGUCCUGCUCCCGGGACUGCGAGCUGGGCUUCCGUGUCCGCAAGAGAACGUGCACGAACCCGGAGCCCCGCAACGGAGGCCUGCCAUGCGUGGGCGACGCUGCCGAGUACCAGGACUGCAAUCCCCAGGCUUGUCCAGUGCGGGGUGCUUGGUCCUGCUGGACUUCAUGGUCCCCAUGCUCAGCGUCUUGUGGUGGAGGCCACUAUCAACGAACACGUUCCUGCACCAGCCCCGCGCCCUCCCCGGGUGAGGACAUCUGUCUUGGUCUGCACACAGAGGAGGCGCUGUGUGCUACACAGGCUUGCCCAGAAGGCUGGUCACCGUGGUCUGAGUGGAGUGCAUGCACUGAGGACGGAGUCCAAAGCCGCAGCCGGCACUGUGAGGAGCUGGUCCCAGGGCCCAGCACCUGUGCUGGAAACAGCAGCCAGAGCCGCCCCUGCCCCUACAGCGAGAUUCCUGUGAUCCUGCCUGCCUCCAGCAUGGAGGAGGCCACCAGCUGUGGAGGGUUCAGUCUUAUCCACCUGGUAGCCACAGGUGUCUCCUGCUUCCUGGGCUCUGGGCUGCUGACCUUGGCGGUGUACCUGUCCUGCCAGCACUGCCAGCGCCAGUCCCAGGAAUCCACACUCGUCCAUCCUGCCACCCCCAACCACCUGCACUACAAGGGUGGGGGCACCCCCAAGAACGAGAAGUACACGCCUAUGGAGUUCAAGACCCUGAACAAGAAUAACCUGAUUCCUGAUGACAGAGCCAAUUUCUACCCACUGCAGCAGACCAAUGUGUACACAACCACCUACUAUCCCAGCCCGCUGAACAAACACAGCUUCCGGCCUGAGGCCUCACCUGGACAACGGUGCUUCCCCAACAGCUGA